AGAUCUUAAUCAAGAUGGAGCCUGUGGACGAAGAAGCCUCACAGCAAGAAGAGGAGGAAAAUCCCAGCCUGGAUGAGGAAGAGGAUGCCGAAGUUACGCCCAAUGACGGUGCAGAGGACGCCAUUACCAUUAUGGCUCACGUGCGGGACAAGAUCAUCCCCAUCCACUGCGGCUUUGGUACGCAGCAAGUGAUCUGGUUGGGUCACGUGGCCAUUGCUCGGUAUGAUGAAGACGGUGGUACGCAGGGCUGGAUGGAGUUUGGCGUUCCUACCAAGGUCAUCAAGGAUGGUAAGCGAGAGCUCUGCCUCACGGACGUCAUCUGCGACGUAUUACAAGAUCGGAACCACGUGUACAUCUCGACGUCGCUAGGCUAAGUGGCUAAUGUAGACGAAAUACUACAAAAACGUACACAUUGGUAUUCAUAAUGAUUUCUAGGCUGAGAGAGCGGCUGCGUUUACCCCUCCCUUGUCAGGAA